UGGAAUAUCAUUAUUCGUUGGGUUCUACGCCUAUUACGAUAUGAUCAAAUCGCAGUACCUAAAGAUUGUUUUGGUGGCGUUACCAAUGCUGAUCUUUUUCAUACUGCACUAUGCGAUAUAUCGCUUGGCGUCCAUGCAUCGCAGUCAAGUAGCCAACCAAGAACAAUCGCUAAAGCAUAACUAUAGCAUCACCAGCAACGCUAUCGUCCAGGCAAAACGCAACGUGCGAACUGUAAUGAUAUUUGGAAUUCUAUACCUGCUAACAUGGCUACCGAUGACCAUAUUCCAACUGUGGCGUUCCGUCACAAACUACCACGAUCCGAAAUCGUUUCAGAAGUAUUUCUACAUGCUUUUAACUAUCCAGCAAACGAGCGCGUGUAUAGAUCCGUAUUUGUGCUGUUACAGAAACAACAAAGUCAAAGCCGUUUUAAUACGAAAACUUGUCGCAAUAAGAAAGUGGGGGUUGGGGGAUGCACCUGCCACCACGACAUCCUCGUCACUGAGUGAUGGGUUCAACCUACAUUCUGGAAGGGACAAAAGAACUGUAGCAGUUGGUAAGGCUGCCGUUGUGUCCGAAAGUUCGGAGAACAUGUUAAGUACUAAGGAUUCUGUUACAAACCGCAACAGCGUUGACAGUUUGGACAAGACUAUCACUAUCAACUUGGCCAAUGCAGUAAUGCAGAACCCUCCCAAUGAGUAUGAAAGUUUUAAAAAUAUUAACAAGUUUAAAAGUUUAACUGAAAAAUCAGCUUUUGGUAGAAAUGAAGACACCACCAAUUCGGACAGAAAUGACGCGAACCUAAAUGGUAAUCGGCAAACCUGUUUGAAUGUAUUGGAUGGGAUUCAUGAAAUGAAGGAUUCAUCGAAUUCUGAGGUUAUAUUAACUGUGUCUGCGGCUUUCUUAGAAAGUAUGAAUAUUCCUGAUGUUUUGAAGGAAGUGUUAAAAAAGGAAUUUGGUAAUAUUAUCGUUGACUCUCAGAUAAACAUAGGCGUGGCUGAUAUCGGUGACAAGAGCGGUGUAGCUGGAGCAGAAAUCGAAGAAUGAUCAUUGGCAAUAGAAAAAUGAAUCAUUGAGCAAAAUGAAGAAUGAUCAUUGACAAUAGAACAAGAGACAUUUUUGUUUGAAAUUAGGACAAUCUUGAUUCUUGAGAAAGCUGGGUAUUCAACUGUCGCCGUAAACUAAAAGUUCGUGUUUAGCGGAUCCAUAUCGCUGUUGGCAAACACGCGUAGUCUAGUAUCGUUUAGAUCGCAUAACUGUUAGAUACAGCCAGUUAAAAUUAACUGAUAUUGUCAUAUAUCCCAAAAGUCGGUUCUUUUGUGGAAAAAAUGACGGCGAAAUUAUCGGUAUAUCAUUAUUAUGCUUGAAGCCCCCCUACUUCGAACUAACUCUCGAAAUUUUGUGAAUAGAACAGGGAAUAUUUAUAUGACGUUAAUCAUAAUAGUAUUUAUUACGGCCAAUUUUUAUCGUGUAUUGGCUCCCAAUUGUUUUGCCCCCAUCUAAGCUGCCUGCUUAAUAGA